AUGGCCACAUUAAAGGAAACGCUACGGGAUAUCAAGCAGGAACUGCUGCUAAAAGAUGACGAGGAGACCUUCGCCAAGAUGGAUAACCGGGAUAUUCUGCUGCGUAUCGCGAUCACCGCCAUACGACGUUUAGAAUCCGCCAUCACUUGCGAUAAGGAGGACCCCACUCUAACGCACACUCAUACCACGAAUCACGAGGAGGAGGCGGCCUAUGAGGAAUACCGCUCGAUCGCGCGAAGCGCGCGGAAGUCGCUCCAACGCCUCGCGGCCCACCAGAACAAGAAGCUCGACGGAAGAGACCUCGAUUCCGCCAGCGUGGUGAACCCCAAGACCAAAAAAGUGCGAAAAGAAGAAAAAGAAAAGGACGAGAAGGACUACCCGCCGGACGGGGCCGGGAAAAAGGACGAGGACAAGGAAAAACUCCCGCGCAUCGCGCUCGAUAUGGGGCAGUACGCCGCGACGAAUGCCUUUGAGGGGAAUCUCGCCAAGCAGUCCAAGUUCAGCCGGCUGAUGGGGGGCGCGAAACGGCACCCCACCGAUGAGGCCACGGGCCAUGCGAACCCCCACCCGAGCCCGAUGAGCGGCGUUCUCCACCCCACCCAGGCCGCGGGCGCGAGCGCGAUGAAUCGAAUGUUGAACGAUUUAGAAGCCCAGUUCGACGUGUCCGUUCACCAUAAGGGGAAACGAGGACUGGGCGCGUGA